AUGGCAGACCUGGGCGAUAGCAAUGGCGCCGCCAGCGAGACCGUGAUCGUGGGCGACAUGGACCUCAAGCAGGAGCAGACCAUCCAGCGCAUCCGCGCCAAUUCGAGCAUCAUGAAGUUGAAGAAGAUUCUGGUGGCCAAUCGAGGCGAAAUUCCGAUCCGUAUUUUCCGAACGGCCCAUGAACUGUCGCUUCAGACAGUCGCGGUUUUCAGUUAUGAGGACCGACUUAGCAUGCACAGGCAGAAAGCCGAUGAAGCCUACGUUAUCGGAAAGCGCGGUCAAUACACACCCGUUGGAGCAUAUUUGGCCGGAGACGAGAUCAUCAAGAUUGCUCUCCAACAUGGGGUUCAGAUGAUUCAUCCUGGAUAUGGCUUCCUCUCCGAGAACGCUGAAUUCGCCCGGAAUGUGGAGAAAGCUGGCUUGAUCUUCGUCGGCCCCUCUCCAGAAGUUAUCGACGCCCUCGGCGACAAGGUUUCGGCUAGAACCAUCGCCAUAGCAGCGGGUGUACCCGUUGUGCCAGGGACGGAUGGUGCCGUGGACAAAUUCGAGGAUGUCAAGAAGUUUACGGAUGAAUACGGCUUCCCCAUCAUCAUCAAGGCGGCCUACGGAGGCGGUGGACGCGGCAUGCGUGUUGUUCGGGAACAAGGGACUCUAGAAGACUCCUUUAACCGAGCAACCUCGGAGGCGAAGUCAGCUUUCGGAAAUGGCACCGUUUUCGUCGAACGAUUCCUCGACAAGCCGAAGCACAUUGAGGUCCAGCUCUUGGGAGACAACCACGGAAAUGUCGUCCACUUGUACGAGCGUGACUGCUCCGUUCAGCGAAGACAUCAAAAGGUUGUGGAAUUGGCGCCAGCCAAGGAUCUCCCAACCAGUGUGAGAGAUGCACUUCUUAAUGAUGCUGUCAAGCUAGCCCGUUCAGUCAACUACCGCAAUGCUGGAACUGCCGAGUUCUUGGUCGAUCAACAGAACAGAUACUACUUCAUCGAGAUCAACCCUCGUAUCCAGGUCGAGCAUACCAUCACCGAAGAGAUUACUGGCAUUGAUCUCAUUGCUGCUCAAAUUCAAAUUGCUGCUGGUGCAACAUUGGCCCAGCUAGGGCUCACCCAGGACCGCAUUUCCACCCGAGGCUUUGCAAUCCAAUGCCGUAUCACAACUGAAGACCCUUCCAAGGGCUUCCAGCCGGAUACUGGAAAGAUUGAGGUCUACCGGUCUGCUGGUGGUAACGGAGUUCGAUUGGAUGGUGGAAAUGGAUUUGCCGGCGCAAUUAUUACCCCUCAUUACGAUUCUAUGUUGGUGAAAUGCACUUGUCAUGGUUCUACAUACGAGAUUGUGCGCCGCAAGAUGUUGCGAGCCUUGGUUGAAUUCCGAAUUCGGGGAAUCAAGACCAACAUCCCUUUCCUAACCUCAUUGCUUACACAUCCUACUUUCAUCGACGGCAACUGCUGGACUACAUUCAUUGAUGACACGCCUGAGCUCUUUGACCUCGUGGGCAGCCAAAACCGUGCCCAAAAAUUGCUUGCAUACUUGGGAGACAUUGCUGUCAAUGGCAGCAGUAUCAAGGGCCAGGUCGGAGAGCCCAAAUUUAAGGGUGAAAUCAUCAUGCCAGAACUCUUUGAUGACGAUGGAAACAAGAUCGAUACCUCUGAGCCUUGUCAGAAGGGGUGGAGAAAUAUCAUUCUCGAGGAGGGCCCAGAAGCAUUUGCUAAGGCCGUCCGUGCAAACGAAGGCUGCCUGCUUAUGGACACCACCUGGCGUGAUGCCCAUCAGUCAUUAUUGGCUACACGUGUCCGAACAGUUGAUCUCUGUAACAUCGCUAAAGAGACCAGUCAUGCUUACAGCAACCUUUACAGUCUUGAGUGUUGGGGUGGAGCCACAUUUGAUGUGGCUAUGCGUUUCCUUUAUGAGGAUCCUUGGGACAGACUGCGGAAGAUGCGUAAGCUUGUGCCUAACAUUCCAUUCCAGAUGCUGCUUAGAGGUGCCAACGGUGUUGCAUACUCUUCAUUGCCAGACAACGCAAUCUACCACUUCUGCGAGCAGGCAAAGAAGAAUGGUGUCGAUAUCUUCCGAGUAUUCGAUGCACUGAACGACAUUGACCAGCUUGAAGUUGGUAUCAAUGCUGUCCAUAAGGCUGGAGGUGUUGUUGAGGGAACCGUGUGUUUUAGUGGCGACAUGUUAAACCCAAAGAAGAAGUACAACUUGGAGUAUUACUUGAAGUUGGUCGAUAAGCUAGUGGCGCUGAAGAUCCAUGUUCUUGGUAUCAAGGAUAUGGCAGGUGUUCUCAAGCCAAAGGCCGCCACACUGUUGAUUGGGGCCAUCCGCAAGGCACAUCCCGAUCUUCCUAUCCAUGUUCAUACUCACGACUCAGCUGGUACUGGUGUUGCAUCCAUGGUUGCUUGCGCGAACGCAGGCGCUGAUGCUGUUGACGCAGCUACUGACAGCUUGUCGGGUAUGACAUCUCAGCCAAGUGUUGGUGCCAUUCUUUCGUCUCUGGAAGGCUCUAUUCAGGACCCAGGUUUGAAUAUCCACCACGUCCGAGCCAUCGACACAUACUGGGCACAGCUUCGUCUUCUAUACUCGCCAUUUGAAGCUGGUUUGAAUGGACCUGACCCUGAAGUGUAUGAACACGAGAUUCCAGGUGGACAAUUGACCAAUAUGAUGUUCCAGGCUUCACAACUUGGUCUUGGUGCCCAAUGGGCCGAGACUAAGAAGGCAUACGAGCACGCUAACGACUUGCUUGGUGAUAUCGUUAAGGUUACACCAACGUCUAAGGUUGUUGGUGACUUGGCUCAGUUCAUGGUCUCCAACAAACUCACCUUCGACGAUGUCCAGAAAAGAGCUGGCGAGCUCGAUUUCCCCGGCUCCGUUCUCGAGUUCUUCGAGGGUCUUAUGGGCCAACCGUAUGGUGGUUUCCCCGAGCCCCUCCGGACGAAUGCUCUACGUGGCAGACGCAAGCUUGACAAGCGACCUGGUUUGACCCUUGAGCCACUUGAUCUGCAAAAGAUCAAGAAGGAGAUCCACGCCAAGUGGGGCAAUGUUACUGAGUGUGAUGUUGCCAGUUACGCAAUGUACCCCAAGGUCUUCGAGGACUACAAGAAAUUCAUCCAAAAGUACGGCGAUCUCAGCGUCCUCCCAACAAGAUACUUCUUGUCGGCACCUGAGAUCGGCGAAGAGUUCCAUGUCGAGCUGGAGAAGGGCAAGGUUCUCAUCCUUAAGUUGCUUGCUGUUGGUCCAUUGUCCGAUACCACUGGUCAACGCGAAGUCUUCUAUGAGAUGAAUGGUGAGGUCCGCCAAGUCACCGUCGACGACGUCCUGGCUGCCGUCGAGAACACCAGCAGACCCAAGGCCGAUCCCGGAGAUUCAAGCCAAGUCGGCGCACCAAUGUCUGGUGUCGUUGUUGAGAUCCGCGUCCACGAGGGUGGCGAGGUUAAGAAGGGCGAUCCUAUUGCUGUGCUGAGUGCCAUGAAGAUGGAAAUGGUGAUCUCCGCCCCACACGCCGGAAAAGUCGGAAACAUCCAAAUCAAGGAAGGCGACUCCGUCGCCGGAUCCGAUCUCAUCUGUAAGAUUGUCAAGCCGGACGGCAAAUAA